AUGCCACGUAGUCCCGCCGGCUACGAAGAGAUAUGUCCGGGAAAAAGGGGAUUUAAUACGUAUGAUGAUGGUGAUAAGAAUGAUACGCAUAUGCCGAUAAAAAGAGAGACGAGUCGGAUUCCACUGCGGAAUCGGGGAUGGGUGCAGGUACUUAUUGUUGCGAUAUUUUCUCUGGUGUUUCUUGGAGUGGGGAUGGUGGUUGGGAGGAGGGGUUUGAGGGGGAAAAGGAGGUGGGGAUUGUUGGCACCGCCUGGAUCAAUAAAAGAAACUUGGUAUCCUAAUACUACAUUCUCCAUGAAACCAACUCCAGAAUCGGAAGCCGCUUGGGGAUCCCUGAUGCCAGUGGGCAGAGGAUUCAUCUAUCGACCCGAGAUAGCGGCCAUUGUAAAAAGUGUCUCAGUAUUCCACCAACUACAUUGUCUUCACGGCCUCCGCACCUCCUACUACGACCUGCACUACCAAAUCGCGCGGGCCGCCGGCGCCCCCAUCGAUCCAUAUCUCGAGCAAAAAGCCGCACACACACAUAUCGAAACGGCACAUCAAAAACACUGUUUCGACUAUUUACGACGCGCGAUCAUGUGUGCUGCGGAUACAAACCUGGAGUAUGUGGAUCCGGUGACGGAUGAUACGACGGGGUGGGGGAGUGAGCGGGUGUGUAGGAGUUUUGAGGAUGUGAAGGGGUGGGCGGAGAAGUGGGCUAAUGGGGCGGGUGGGGGGAUUGCUUAG